GGGGUGUCUGUAUUUGCUUGUUGCAUAGGCAUUGCUCGUUGACAGUGGGCUUGAUACCCACUGGCACCGAAUCCCCUAUGGAUGCAUAGUCAUCUGGGCUUGUUCGGACGUGUUCAGAUCUACGUAUACUUCUUGAAGCUCGUGAUUGUGGCCUGCUGACAAUGGAUGUCAGUUCAUUACAAGCCCUGGAGCAUCUGAUGAAUGAGUUCUUUGCGGCGGGCACCACAAACAGUCGCAAGCAGCAAAUAGAAAAAGCCUUGGAGGAGUUCAGCCAACAACCAGCAGCAUGGAAGAACUGUCUGCUCUGCAUUGCUGGCACAUCCAACCCCUAUGUCAGCAUGUUCUGCAUGACAUCACUCGAGAGUGUGAUCAACAAGCAGUGGCUCGGUCUGAGGUCGGAGGAGCGUGCGGAGAUCCGGGGCUCCCUGUACAGGCUCUGUCUGGAGCGACACCACCUGCUGGCGCCGUACCUGCGCAACAAGGCCGUCAAGCUGGUAGUGGACGUGGCCCGCCUCAGCUGGCCCCAAUUCUACCCUGACUUCUUCAGCAACAUAAUCACUGCCUCAGCCAGUGAACCAACCUAG